AUCUGGCAGUGACACAGCCCACAUAUUAGGAUUAAAAACUCGCUUUUACAUCGCCGCUUUAUGUUUAGCAGCAAAACGAAAGUUAAUAUGUAGGCUUCGGCAAACUGAAUGCAGGGUGGACUUUGUUACUCACUUUUGUACUCUCCGUGUUCGUGUCAGCUGUUAACGUUUGCUAAUAAUUGUUUCUACGUCUAAAAUAACUGGUCUUUUCUAUGUGAGCUGUCGCCAUGGCGUACCACGCUGGGAUUCCGGAGGAUCCCAAUGUUUUGGUCCAGAACAUCAGCUCCAACAUCCAGAGGAUCACGCUGCUGACCUCGGAGUUGCAGAGAGCGGUGUUCCUGCUGGGGACCGACCAGGACAGCAACCAGCUCAGACAGACGCUUCAACAAAAACAGCAGCAAGGCAACCAGCUGGCAAAAGACACCGACAAACUGAUGAAAGUCUUCACUUCCCUUCCUAUUGGCCCAGACCAGCGGCAAAGGAAGCUACAGAAAGAUCGGCUGCUGAACGACUUCUCCGCUGCUCUGAACAGCUUGCAGAAGACGCAGCGGCAGGCGGCUGACAAAGAGCGGGAGUUUGUCGCUCGGGUCCGAGCCAGCUCAAGACUGUCGGGAGGUCAGCCUGACGACAGCUUCGGAAAUGCACCUCCAAGUUACUCCCAGGUGCAAUCACAAGCUGAGAUCAUCACCGAAGAAGACCUGAGACUGAUCCAGGAGAGGGAGUCGGCCAUCAGGCAGCUGGAGUCCGACAUCACAGACAUAAACGACAUCUUUAAGGAUCUGGGCAUGAUGGUUCAUGAGCAGGGAGACAUGAUAGACAGUAUAGAAGCUAAUGUGGAGAGCGCAGAUGCCCAUGUCCAGUCUGGCCAACAGCAACUUGCAAGAGCUGCAGAAUAUCAGCGGAGCUCCCGGAAGAAGAUUUGCAUCCUGCUGAUAGUGCUGGCCGUUGCUUGUGUCGUAAUAGGACUUAUUAUUUGGGGCGCUCUCAAAAAAUAAGAUCUUCCUCUUAUUGUUGAUGUCGUCAGACAAAAUAUGAAACACAAUCCCUCUCAUCCUGAGUUGUCUCUCCAUCUUACCCUCUUCGGCCUAUUACAAAAUCUGUUUGCCUUGUUUUUGACAGUGAUGGUAGUUUUAUUGUGAAGGGUGGCCUUAAGUGAAUCAUUUGAUUUAGAUGACAGUGUUAAUGUUUUUUUUUUUUUGUUUCGUUUUCCAUUUUAUUUCAUUUAAUAAGUGAAUCCACAACUAUUUUCCAAGUCUUUCCUUCAAAUUUAAUGAUUAUAUAGAUUACAGAUCACGUCUUGAUAAUAGUAAUAUGGAGGGAAGUUGAUCAUCCUUCUCGGUGCUUCUUCCUGUCAGGUUAUAAAUGACAAUUUCAGACAAACCAAAUUCACAUGAUCACCUAAUACCUGUUAUGCUUCAAGUUAGAAAUGUGCACGGCAACUGAAAUGAUUUAGAGAACGCACAUUUAGCAGAUUGAGCUAUAUUUAACACGUUAAAUUAAAUUGAAAAUAUAACGCCGCCUAACAUUCCAGACAACAGAGGUGAGAUUUAUUCCUUUGGCUCUUUAUUUCCAAUCCAAAAAAUGUAUUUAAAUAAGUUUUUGUUGGUCAAAUAAUGUAUAUACUGUCCAUCCUGUACAUAAUUCAACUGGUGAGGGCUGAGCAAUUCUGAGAAAAGUUUUACUUUGUUUUCCCCGUUUUUUUUGUUGUUUUUUUAUGUUUGUGGUUUAUUUUAACCCACUGACAUUUGACACUCCUGUGCACCUUUACAAUAUAUAUAUAUGUUUCUGGUUGAUUUGAUCUCAUUCAUUUGUAAAGGAAAUUACUGUAGUUCAGUAGAAGUUGUGUGAUAAUCAUUUAUUGGACUGCUACCUAUUAUUCGCUGUAUCUUAAACUGUACAUGACCAAUUGCAAACUCAAGCCAAAGCCCAUGAAGGCCUGGUAUUUUAUGUACAGUCUUGUAAUAAAAGACAGACAUUAAUGCUACAGUUUCAGAAAUGAUCUAAUGCCUUUGUAAAAUCUUUAUGCGAUGUAUAGUAUGGAGGUUUAAGAUCUGAUUGUAAUUCUCAAUAAAUUACAGUACAAAACGA